AGUUAAUUGCUCUUUGUUUUUUCGUGUGAAAAGGGGGGGCUGCUGAAAUAUAAAAAUAAUUGAGCUGGAAGUUUUGCUCCUGCCCAAAGGAAAAAAAGAUAACUUGCAAGGCAGGGAAGUAGCUUGUUGCAGAGCUCUAUCAGGCAGUAUUCCACAUGCAUCCACCACUCUGCCUGUUUCUUCUGCUGACUUCUGUCUCCUGGAUGAUGGGGGCUGCUGCACGUCCAGUACAGGAAAGACACAUAUUGAAAGACAGCAAGUACUGGCAGGAACUGACAGAUGUAAAGAGAAGGACCUUGCUCACUUUCCUCUCUGCACUGGCUGACUGGAUAUCCCAGAUGGAGGAUGCAUCCCUGAUGGAGGAGGUGGUAGAGCUGGCCAACCGGCAAGAGAGGUCUGCCUUUCAUCAACCUCGAGCAUGGGAAAAGUCCCCCUGCAGGAACUUCUUCUGGAAGACUUUCUCCUCCUGCUAACAAAAUAGCUUCCUGAAGAUCUAUUUUAGAGUGGCUUUAGCAACAGCUGCCUCAAUCAGGAUGAAUAUUAGCAGUGACUGCUUUUCUGUGAACAAAUACUGUCUCUUUGUAAUAAGUGUGAUUAGACUCUCUCUCCCCAUCCUCAUACUCUAAUAAAAAUUGAAUAAAACUGUGUAGA